CCUUUCUCCUCCCUCUUCAAACCACACUUGUGACUUCACUCCCGUUCCCUUUCUCUCUUUCCUACUCCAAACUCAAUUUCCAUUGUAUUACAAAAGCAGACAUCAAUACAAGUCUCUCUCAUCCCCCAACAAGUAUAACGGAAUUUCCACGUUCAGAAUUUUUACUCUUUCCGAGCCAAUCACCGUUCACCAUUCACUCCCAACAAACCACAACCACUAUUUAUACAAGCACGAGUAGUGCUUUAGCCAAAAUUGAGCACCCAUGGCUUCAUCUGCAUCAGCAUCAGCAGCGGUAGCAGCAGCUACUGGCAAUUGUCUUAAGCCUAAAUUCCCACCCUCGACCUCUUCUUCGGCUCCUGACUUGGGCUCUAUUUCUUCCUCCAUACCUUUGAAAAGGCCUACUAGAAAGCCCAACAUUUCCUGCUCUCUCCAAACUCCUUCCAUUCUUCAUUUCCCUAAGCAGUCACCAACAUAUCCUCCAUCACCUACUCCAGCUUCUAGUCCCACCACAAAACACCCGAAAAAUACUUCUUCUGCUGAGAAACCUCAAUCCCAACAAUGGAAUCCCUUUCAAAGAGCGGCAGCUAUGGCUUUAGAUGUGGUAGAGAAUGCUUUAGUCUCUCAUGAGCGCAAUCAUCCUCUGCCCAAAACAGCUGACCCCAGAGUCCAAAUCUCUGGCAACUUUGCUCCAGUGCCAGAGCAACCGAUCAAGCAUAGGCUUCCUGUCACUGGCACAAUCCCAGAAUGCAUACAAGGAGUCUACGUUCGCAACGGAGCCAACCCACUCCACGAACCGGUCGCCGGACACCAUUUCUUUGACGGCGAUGGGAUGGUUCAUGCUGUUCAGUUCAAAAAUGGUUCAGCUAGCUAUGGUUGUAGGUUCACGGAAACAAGCCGGCUGGUUCAAGAAAGAGCUUUUGGGCGUCCAGUUUUCCCCAAGGCCAUAGGCGAACUCCAUGGCCACUCUGGCAUAGCUAGGCUGUUACUUUUCUAUGCUCGUGGCCUAUUUGGGCUUGUUGAUCCAAGUCAUGGUACUGGAGUUGCAAACGCUGGGCUUGUUUACUUCAACGGUCAUCUCCUUGCUAUGUCUGAAGAUGAUUUGCCCUACCAUGUUCGCAUCACUCCAUCUGGGGACUUGAAAACCGUUGGCAGAUAUGAUUUUGAUGGUCAGUUAAAGUCUACAAUGAUCGCUCACCCCAAGGUUGAUCCUGUAACGGGUGAAUUCUUUGCUCUUAGCUAUGAUGUCAUCCAAAAGCCAUAUCUUAAGUACUUCCAUUUUUCAGCCGAUGGUAAGAAAUCACCAGAUGUUGAAAUUCCAGUUGAAAGUCCGACAAUGAUGCACGACUUUGCAAUCACAGAAAAUUUUGUGGUCAUUCCUGACCAGCAAGUCGUGUUUAAAUUGCCUGAAAUGAUUCAUGGUGGUUCACCAGUUGUUUAUGACAAGAACAAGAUGUCAAGGUUUGGCAUAUUGGACAAGAAUGCCACCGAUGAUUCUGGAAUUAGCUGGGUGGAAGCACCUGAUUGCUUCUGUUUCCAUCUUUGGAAUGCUUGGGAAGAGCCACAGACUGAUGAAGUUGUGGUCAUUGGCUCCUGCAUGACACCCCCAGAUUCCAUUUUCAAUGAAUGUGAUGAGAGUCUCAAGAGUGUUCUGUCUGAAAUAAGAUUGAAUUUGAAGACUGGCAAGUCGACACGCCGCCCCAUCAUUUCAGAAUCUGAACAAGUGAACUUGGAGGCGGGGAUGGUGAACCGCAACUUGCUGGGAAGAAAAACCCGGUUCGCAUAUUUAGCUUUAGCUGAGCCUUGGCCUAAAGUGUCCGGUUUUGCCAAAGUUGACCUCUCAACUGGAGAGGUUAAGAAAUAUAUCUAUGGAGACCAAAGGUAUGGUGGUGAACCUUUGUUCUUUCCUCGAAAUCCCAAUUCUGAGAACGAAGAUGACGGUUAUAUUUUGGCCUUCGUUCAUGAUGAGAAGACCUGGCAAUCAGAGCUGCAGAUCGUAAACGCUAUGAAUUUACAGCUAGAAGCCACAGUUAAGCUUCCAUCUCGAGUUCCAUAUGGCUUUCAUGGGACAUUCAUAAGCUCCAAGGACUUGGAGAAGCAGGCCUAAUUCAGCUUAAAUACCCUCGUUGAGUUAUCAUCAUGUUUUUUAGAUGGUUUUCCGGGUUUGAGAGGGAGUUUUACCAGAGGGAUGCUUGCAUAUAUGUCCCCGGAGUCUCUUCCUCUGUUUCCAUAGUUAGACAACCCUGUUUUUGGGUUAGUCCUAGACUCUAACCUUUUUGGUUAUUUUAAAGUGGAAGCUUUUGAGAGACUAGCUUGCAGCUUUUGGGUGUAGGUAGUAAUUGAAGCUCAGCUAGUUUCUGCUUAUUCUUUCACUUGUGUGCAUGAUUCUGUACAUAAUUACAAGAAAAUAUGUAGUGUGUAUUUCUCUGUUGUCUCUGUAAUUCUCUGUUUUGUUGUAAAUAUUAAAAUUUACAGCCUUCAUAUA